AUGACCGCCAUCUCCAUCGUCCACUCGCUCGACUCCCUCAAGUCGGCCGGAGUGAACGUCUCCGUCAUCGUAACCAACUCCCCGCAGCUCCUCGUCGUCAUCAACGCCACCGCCGACCACGCCCUCAACGUUGAUUUCAGCCCGCUCGACCCCACCUUCUCCACCAUCCAAGUCGCCGUCUCGGACCAGUUCGGAAGCGGAGCGUCGAAGCCGAGCCAGGCCUCGCUGGCGCUGACCCUGGCGGCCGCCGGUUUCGCCGCCGGCGCGGCGUCGGGCAAGCCCGGCAUGAGCGUCGCCUCGAUCGCUGCCGGUGCCGCCGUCGGCCUGGGUCUCUUUGGUCCGCUGGCAUCGGCAGAGUCCAAGUGCCCCGUCAGCUUCGUGCACGUGGCCGUCUACAUCCCCGGCAGCGUGGUGAACUACACCAUCAACGGCGGGAACCAGACCUGCAACCUCCCCUGGUUCUCCGUCUUUUCUGAGUACUGCGACGUCUGCAACUCCAACUUCACCAUCCCCCAAGGAAUUGUCUACCCGUGCAUCCCUGGCACUCUCAACUGCUGUCCGGGCGAGGUGUGUGUCCCGUACGUUGUCUACCACGGCGUCAACUCCACCAAGUGCUGCCCUCCCACCGACACCGCGUGCACCGGCGCCAGCGCGCCAGCGAAGCGGCUCGACGCAGAGAUCCAGAACGUGCAGCAGCUGAACGCGUUCACCGCCGAGGUCGGGCUGGACCUGGCCUCGCUCCGAGCUGCCAAGAGGUCCGCCGAACAACAGCAGUGA